AUGGGGCUGUACAUCGGAGAGAAGACGUACCUGAGGAGCAGCUGGAACGUCCUGGACGGGUUCCUGGUCUUCGUGUCUCUCAUCGACAUCGUGGUGUCCAUGGCGGGUGGGGCCAAGAUCCUGGGGGUCCUCCGGGUGCUACGGCUGCUGCGGACCCUGCGCCCUCUCAGGGUGAUCAGCCGGGCCCCGGGGCUGAAGCUGGUGGUGGAGACCCUCAUCACGUCCCUCAAACCCAUCGGAAACAUCGUCCUCAUCUGCUGCGCCUUCUUCAUCAUCUUCGGCAUCCUGGGAGUGCAGCUUUUCAAAGGAAAGUUCUUCUACUGCUUCGGCCCCGACACCAAGAACAUCACCAACAAGUCAGACUGUCUGGAGGCCAACUACAAGUGGGUCCACCACAAGUACAACUUCGACAACUUGGGACAGGCCCUGAUGUCUCUGUUCGUCCUGGCGUCUAAAGAUGGCUGGGUGAACAUCAUGUACCACGGUCUGGACGCGGUCGCUGUGGAUCAACAGCCCGUCACCAACAACAACCCCUGGAUGCUGCUGUACUUCAUCUCCUUCCUCCUCAUCGUCAGCUUCUUCGUCCUCAACAUGUUUGUCGGCGUCGUGGUGGAGAACUUCCACAAGUGUCGGCAGCACCAGGAGGUGGAGGAGGCCAAGAGGAGGGAGGAGAAACGGCAGAAACGCAUGGAGAAGAAGAGAAGGAGUAAGCACCAAAUACCCAUGAGGGAGAGAUCCUGGAGGAGGGGGGGAGGAGGGAGGAAGGGGGAGGAGGGGGAGGAGGAGGGAGGAGAAAUGGCAGAAACGCAUGGAGAAGAAGAGGAGUAA